AUGGAUUCACCCGUCUCCAGAGAUGACUAUCCGUCACGAGGACCCGCCGUAAGGGCGACCUCGGCUGCCACGCUCGUGCUCUGUUCAGUCUUCGUCAUUCUCCGACUCAUGUCACGCUUCUUCGUGGUGAAGAAGCCGGGGUGGGACGACUACACCAUGAUCGCGGCAUGGCUGUUGGCAUUUGGCGCCUCCUUCUCCAUCAUCUUCGGCACCACCAAAGGACUCGGACGACACCAAGACCACAUCCCUGAUCCAUGGCUAGAACCGAUGCAGCAGUCUGCCUAUGCUUUUUCCGUGCUCUACAAUCCAGCCCUGAUGGCAGCCAAGACCUCAAUCCUAAUCUUCUAUCUUUCUCUCUCGAAGACGCAGAAGAUAUUUCGAUGGGCCACCAUCUCGACUCUUGUCGUCGUCAACGUCGGUGGAUUGGCUCUGACUAUCCUCAACAUAGUUCAGUGCCGACCCGUCAGCGCAGCUUGGAUGUCCCCAAUUCCUGCUACGGCGCACUGCACCAACAUUGUCACCAUCUAUCUCUCCUCUGCGCCGCUCAACAUCAUUACCGACCUAGCUAUCCUCUUUCUUCCUAUGCCCAUCCUCACAAGCAUGCGGCUACCGACGAAGCAGAAGAUGAUCCUCGUCAUCACCUUUGGAUUUGGUGUUUUUGUGGCUGUCGUUGACGUCAUCCGCAUUGCCUACCUCCAGGACGCUCAGAGAGCGGCUCUUGUCGCCGCGCAAGCCGACCGCGCCGAGAGUGGUACGAACCAGAGGAACUCGAGCGACUUCUCGUGGUUUGCCUCGCUCUCUUUCAUGUGGAGCACGGUAGAGAUCAACCUGGGUAUCAUGUGUGGCUGCGUUCCUGCGAUGAAGCCGCUGGUUCGGCGGUUCCUUCCCAGCUGGAUCCUCGACCACACCACAUCGCGUGGCAACUAUGGCACACACGCAAGCGAUGAAGCGAAAAUCCAUCCAGACAUUGUUGCGAGUUCGCGCCGCCGAUCCGACCAAGAAACUCCGCCCGACUCCCCCUUGAGCAAGCCCCCGAUUGCGCAACCAGCCUUGCGAGGUAACGAUGAGCCGCUCGGCAUGAUGGACUUCCUUACGACACCCGGUAUAGACAACUUCCCACAAAUGAACAGGAGCUCUACUGCCGUCACCAUGACGCCGACGACGCGCAGCACGAGGCGUGGUUCGAUGACAUUCUUCGACUUUGUCAACACUGGACAGAAGAAGAACAUCACUCUGCGGAGCAAUCGCGAAUCGAUAUAUCCCGUGUUGAUGGUCACCAUCCUCUUCUUCGUCUGGGGUUUCGCCUACGGCUUGUUGGACGUACUUAACUCCCGGUUCCAGGAGGUUGCCAAGAUGAGCGAUUGGCAAACGGUCGGUCAACACAGCGCCUACUAUGUUGGCUAUCUUUUGGGUCCACUGACAUUUGGACGGAUCGUCUUUCAAGUCUGGGGCUUCAAGGUCUGCUACAUGGUUGGGCUUGUUGUGUACGCCUGUGGAACUCUCGUCUUCUGGCCAUCGGCUGUCCUGACCAGUCUUCCGGCAUUCUUGGUGUCGAACUUCAUCGUCGGCGCCGGUCUAUCGACUCUGGAGCUUGCUGCGAAUCCUUUCAUUGCUCUCUGCGGCCCACCCGAGUACGCCGAGGUACGUUUGAACCUCUCGCAAGGUGUGCAAGCCGUCGGCACCAUCGUUUCGCCGCUUCUUGCCAAAAAGGUCCUCUUCGCCGCCAGUGCCUCUAGCUUGAUUGACGUGCAGUGGACGUACUUGGGCAUCUCGUUUUUCAGCAUCGCCCUGGCUGUGAUUUACUUCUACGUGCCACUUCCCGAAGCCACCAACGAGGAACUUGAGAACGCUAGCAGGCGACUGCUUGUCCCAAGAGACACCACCAUUAAGAUUGGCCCGUGGCCUGUCAGAGUCGUUUGGAUAAGCCUCGGAUUCGCUGCUUUUUCUCAGUUCUGCUAUGUUGGGGGUCAGGAGUCGACGUCAACGUCGUACGCCGAGUAUCUUGCACUGGUCAAGCCUUCGGUCGACCCUGUUUCCCACCAAGCCAUCGGCCAUGCAGCGUUUGCCGUCUCGCGAUUCCUGGCGGCUUUCAUCGAAAUCUGGGUGAAGCCACGUUUCAGCCUUCUGUUCUUCUACCUUGGCGCCAUCGCGUUCUGUGCGGCAGCCAUGAACACUACAGGCUCCUCCGGCGCCGCCAUGCUUGUCAUAGUCAUGUUUUUUGAAGGCCCUUUGUUUCCGCAGAUUUUCGCCCAGGGUAUCCGUGGGAUGGGCAAGCACACCAAAGAUGCUUCAGUGGUCUUGACAGCAGCGAUUGGCGGCGGCGCAGUCUUUCCUCCGAUGAUGUUUGCUGCCCUGAAGAUUCACAACGCACGGUAUGCCUUCUGCGUCAUCACCGCUGUGUACGCUGCCGGCGCACUCUACCCGAUCUGGCUCAGCGCCCUGCCCAUCACAAGACAAAUGUCAGAUCCUCGCCGAGACGAGCAAACGAGGCGUGAGUCCGAGGCUGAGAAAAAGCGAAGAGAGUCCAUGGGCCAGAUCAAACCCAGGACCUGGAGCAGGUUGAAGAACAGGUUGAGCUUUGGCAACCGCGAAAAGGAUGAGCUGCCUUCUGUUGAGCAUAGAGAGCGACGCAGCUGGCCAGAAGGGCUUGCGCCGAUUCCAGGAUGUCUCGGCAUCACACCAGAGCGAAGACUCUCGCAGGCUUUGUCAGGAGGGAGCUCGAGCAGCAGCUCCAACAGCGACUCAUCAGUUGAACGUGUUUGA